CCGGGCAACCCUCCCCCCCUCGGCCGCCGCCUUAUCCGCUGUACGGAAUGUGUGGCGAGAUCGCGUGUUCGCCGGCGGGAAAGGAGGAAAAAAAAAUCUGCUUCUUGUUGUGUGGCACAAGCAGCGGUGGAAAGCCGCGUUGGGCCCCCGUCGCCGCCGCCGCCACCACCACCACCAUUCAUUCAUUCAUUCAAUCGCCUCUCCGUUUGUCUUCUUUUGAGAUAACCCGCACCUCGCGGCGACCAUGGUGGAGAACGAGACGGCCAUCAGCGAGGAGGAGGCGGCGCAGUACGACCGCCAGAUUCGUCUGUGGGGGCUCGAGGCCCAGAAGAGACUGAGGGCUUCCAAGCUGCUGAUCGUGGGGAUGAAAGGUCUUGGAGCUGAGGUUGCGAAGAACCUCAUUCUGGCUGGAGUGAAGUCCGUGACGUUUCUAGAUAACAACAAGGCAACAGAAGAGAGCACCCGCGCUCAGUUUCUGGUUCCACAGAGCCGGCUUGGAGAGAACUUGGCUGAAGCCUCGUUGGAGCGGGCCCAGAACCUCAACCCAAUGGUUGAUGUGCGGACGGACAAGAGUGACAUCGCUAGCAAGACCGAAGAGUUCUUCACCCAGUUUGACUCGAUAUGCCUGACCGGGUGCCCUCAGGAUGUCAUGAUUAAGAUUAAUAGAAUCUGUCACGAGCGUAAUAUCAAGUUCUUUGCAGGAGAUGUGUUUGGUUAUCACGGCUACAUGUUUGCCGAUUUGGGGAUUCAUGACUAUGUGGAGGAAAAACCCAAGAAGGUGGAGGUGGAGGGUGCGGAGGACGGCCCUGCGGCAAAGAAGCGCAAAGUAAUCUCGUCGGAAUCGACCAUGGUCAAGAAGACUGUAGAGUUUUGCACCUUGGUGGAAGCACUUGAUGCAGACUGGACAACGGACCAAGCUAAGAAAAUCAUUAAAAAAACACCUGCUGGCUACUUUCUUACAAAAGUGUUGCUGCGGUUCCGAACGGAGCAGGGCCGUGACCCGGCGCCACAAACCCAGACGGAGGACACGGAGCUGCUGCGCCGGCUCCGUGACGCCGUGAUUGAGGAGAGCGGCGCCGGUGGCGACAUGAUUCCCGACGGAUUCGCGAGUUCCUGUUUCUCGGAGCUGAGUCCAAUUUGUGCAGUGGUGGGUGGUGUCCUCGGUCAAGAGAUAGUGAAGGCACUUUCUGGAAGGGAUGAGCCGAGCAAUAAUUUUUUCUUCUUCGAUGGACUGGCUGGAAAUGGAAUGGUGGAUUGUAUUGGGAAGGAGUAAGUGGUAAGGCACGUGCCAAAAGAAGGCUUUGGUAACGUAGUUUAUUCCAAAAAAACACUUUAAUUUAUGUUUUGUAUCUGCCACAGAUUUUGCCAAUGUGCUUCAGCAUCAGAAAAUUAGCAGCCACUUUUCUGAAAAUAUAUCAUGACUCGCCUCGAUUGUGAUAUUUCGAUUGUUUUUUUUGUCUUUUGGGUUAACUGAUGAAGUAUUGUGGUUAUGUUUAAAAGUGUCCAAAAACAUCCACAGGAGUUUAAAUAAGUUCGCGACAAUUGUUUCGUUUGUUUGCCUUUUUUCACAUUAUAAAAACUUUUCCAUUUUAGGUGAACUUGAAUAUUACUUCUCAAUUUUCAAUACUCAUAUAAAUCCUUUCAUAUACUGUAAUGGAAUGUCCAAACCACUUAUAAACAUCACUUAUAUUAAUUGAUACUAAAAUAUAAAUAGGAAACUUUUUUCCAAAUAGUUUUUAGAAUUAAUUUUACCAUCUAGAUUUAUGUAUGUUGAACUUCUUUUGCACCGCAUGUCACCAACCGUGCUAAUCGUAGGUGCUAUGUCAAAUACUUUUUUCAAAUGAAAUUGACAAGUUAAUUACCAUUUAUGGUAUAAGUAAAUCAUAGUGUCAAUAUUUUAUUUAAGUGUUAAUCCUGGGUGUGUUUAUAUAUAAAUAUGUGGACUAUGCCUAACAUACUUUUUUAAAGUAAUUACAUUUACCAUGCCUACACAACUAAUGGCAGUGAGGAGUCAACUGCACAUUUAAACCCAGGGGAAGGGUGUGGAGAUGCUAAAAUUGGCAUUCUUUAUUGUGGCUUCGUGCAAAAUCACAACCGCAUGCACACGCAAGCAAAAAAGUAAUAAACAAAUAACGUAUGGGAGUUUACACUAGCUAAAUUAGACCUCUGUGUGCUGCCUUACAAACGUAAAUGAUCAACCAAAAAUGUGCUGGUUUACGUGGGAAAAAUUUCGGGAGGCCACAUUUUCAGCUGUUGGGUUUUACUCCCGUUGUGUACAGCAUUCUUUUUCGGCCUGUUCAUAAGGACAGUUACUGCGAGGGCAAAUCUUUCAGGCCACUCUUCAGUUGUGCAGCAUCCAUGGGAUCUGGCAGAAGGUUAAAGAAUAUCCUUCGCGAGGUGUGAUGGCAUCGACAGCUUUGGCCUUGAUUAUAUCUAGAAGUUGAUCGAUUCAAUAUACUAAAGCCUAAUAAAACAGUGACCAUCCUUGCGUUGUCAAUGGAAACUAAAUGUCCACUCUUAAGACAUGCCACUGUUGCUGACUAAAUGUCCUGGGAUGUAUUCACUGCCAUUUAAAGAAAAUUUACUAUUUAAGUGGUAAGUAUACAACAUGUGUGUCUUUAGAAAUUGUCAGUAAUGUAGACCUUUUUUCCCUGUAUAUAAAUAGAAGUGUCAUUUGCAUUCCCAGUAGUUUGUUUAGAUUUUUGCCUAUAGUAGCGAAUUCUUGAUCUCACAGGUAUUAUGUCUCCAAGGGUCUUUGCAUACUAUGCAAGCCUUUAUUAAUUGAUGUGUAAUUAAUACCUCAAAAACAAAUAUUUUGAAGAAGAAAAAAAGCGUUUCACUAACUGCAGUCUUUGUCAAUCCCCGUGGUCAGUAUUUGUACAUUUUUAUCAAUAAUAUCCAAGUAAUGCUUUAAUGUUACAUUGAAAGAAUGUGCAAAGUAGUGAACAUCAAACAGCCUUGGGGGAUUCGUGCUUGUAAACUGUUCUUUAAACAACAUCGAAAAAUAUUCAGUCACCAAAACCAGCAGUAACUGCUUUAAAGAGAUAUUUUACAUGUGUUUUGUCUCUGUGAUGCUUAACUUGAAGUUCAAUAUUUCAUAUUUGAAAAGUGGGUUCGUUUUGGAUAAUCUUGGAGUUAUAUAAGUAAUGGACACUUACCAAUUUGUGUUUUGUAAUGCAUUCAGCUGGACAGCAACAAUUUAUACUGUUUGUACUUACAUUAAACUAUCUUCUUUAAA